AUGGCCAGAAGGCCGCAGUGGACCGACCGGGACCCUGUCAUUAUUGGAUGCUGCACGAGCAAUACCAAUAUCGAGCCGUCCCGGCCUGCCCUGGGUUUCCAGGUCGAGUCGACUCCGCUCAAUCUCCGUUGCCAUUUGUUAGCAGAUCUAGACCGAGACGCGAUGCGGCUACCUUUUGGGCGGCGUCAUGCCGCUCGCAGCGAUUUUAUUUCAUCAAUCCCACUCAUCCUCUCAUUAUCUAGCUUCGCGGCAUCGCCGGCGGCCGCCAUCUCGUUCACGCCCGUUCCCGCCCCGAACCUCGACCUCUCCCAGCUCGGCCGGGUAGUUCUAGCAGGAGACUUUUCAGGCAUAUCCUUGUACCAAUUUGAGGAACAGAACCAGCGACCGCCCAGGAACAAUGGCAGCGAACAGCUCCUCGCGCGCAUGCCGAAUGGCCUCUUCGCGCCCAUCGUCAAUACCGACGCGACAAUCCGCACCAUGUGCACAUUCAACACCGACAAUGGAACCGUUGUUGUAUUAGGUGGAAACUUCACCAGCAUCAGGGACCCCGACUCCGAUUCGAAAGCGAUGCAAUCGACUGCGAUUGCCUUGUUCGACCCGGAUACUGCUGUCGUAACGCCGCUCCCGGGUUUGUCCGGCCAGGUUAACGCCCUGCUCUGCGACCAGGACAAGAACACGGUUUAUCUGGGAGGGAGCUUCGUUGGUGCCAACUCGACCAAUGCGCUGGCGUGGGAGGGAGGCCGAGACUGGGUCAACCUACCAUUUGCUGGGUUCAAUGGCCCUGUAACGUCGAUCGCGAAGGCGCCCAACGGGAACAUCCUUUUCGGUGGCAGUUUCACAGGACUAGGGAACGCGAGCACACCGAGCACGCCCGACGGCCAGAUCAUCAAUCUCUCAACGGCGAGCAUUACUAGUGGAUCCUCGAGUACGACACCAGGGUUUAGCGACCCCAAAAACGUCGUCUGCCAGACAAGCGGCGAGGACGGAGCAGGAAGUACGUGGUUGCUGCAGGAUAAUGCCCCGGGCUUUUGGGAUGCGAAAUUCAGGCACGGCUUUCAGCCGACCAAGCUGCGCCUAUACAACACCCACCAAGACGGAAGGGGGACCAAGACCUGGCGAUUCACGGCCAUGCCCAUCAACGGCAUUAUGAACUUCACUUACAUAGAUCCGGUCACGCGCCAGAACGCGAGCUGCACGAGCGAGUGCCCGCUGAGUGACGACAAGUCCAUCAAAUUUCAGGACUUCCACUUCGUCAACGUCAUCGGCAUGAAACGAAGUUCCGCCAUCGACAUCUCGGCUUUCUAUGGCAGCGAGCGGGGGACUUGA